UAAGAGUUGCUAUGAUGCUGAAGAAGAGAACAAUUAACAGUAAGGAAGGUUUAAUGUUUGAUCAUAGUUCACUUAAUGCUCCCAUUUAUAAGUAAACAGCAGUUCUUUCUCUUAUUCCAUCACCUGAGUUCUUUGUGGGUUUCUUUGACACUGAGACUUCUGCAAUGAGCCAACCUCCAUCUUAGAAGCAAAAUCUUUCUCUGCAACAGUGCACCAUUUCAUCUCUAAUAGAAAGCAAAGAGCUCAUUCAGGCAAUUUUUCAGAAAAAAAACAUCAUCCAUGGGAUGUUAGUGAAUAAAAAACUGUUGGGCUUGGAAUUUUUUAUGCUCUCAGCAAUGACAAAACUGAUAAGAAAUCUUCAAAUUUAGAGGGUAGAAUGUUGUUGUUCGGAUCGCAGCUCAAGGGUCAGUUACCUUCUACCAGCCAAAAUGACUUUUUUGAGUCCCCUCACCCUGUAAUUGAGUUUGGUGUCAAAAACAAGAAUUCUGAAAUAGCUAUGGCACCAUUACUAUCUCCUUCAAGAUCUUCGGCAGUUCUCGGUGGUUCUAUGCCAGAGUCACGGCCGCCGCCACCAAUCUUAUGUUUAUCUACAAGCGAGAUGGAACAAUCUGAGGAUUAUACUCGCGUGAUUUCUCAUGGACCAAACCCUAGGAUUACUCACAUUUUUUAUACUUGCAUCAUGGAGAACUCUGGCAAUGGUUACAAUUCUCUGAGGAAGGAGAUCAGGUUCUCCACAGAUGGGGAAAUUAGUUAUCCUUCUAAUGAUUUCUUGGCUUUUUGCAAUGUUUGCAGAAAGAAACUUGGGCAAGGAAAGGAUGUUUUCAUGUACAGGUUUACCUCUUUAUUGUUUUUUCAAGAAAGCUUGAAAUUUUAAUAGAUCUGACUCUUUGCUUUUGAUUU